AAAUCACAAUCGACGACAGCGCCACUUCUCAUUUCCAGAUUGACAUUUCAUUACGCCUGCUAAAUUUUAGAAAUCGGCGAAAAUGGCGUUGGGCGAUUAUCCAGCCGAAUACAAUCCAAAAGUUCACGGACCUUACGAUCCGGCACGUUACUACGGAAAAGCUGAUACCCCUUUUGCCCAGGUCAAAAUAUCAGAAAUUGGAAGCUGGUUGUCUCGCCGCAAUAAGUCUCCCCAAGCAAUUGGAGGUGCUUUGAGCCGUGCUUUUUGGAGAUGGCAACAUAAGUAUGUUCAACCAAAGAGGGGAGGAAUUGCUCCAUUUUUGCAGGUCGUUUUCGCUUCUAUGGGUGUCUUCUACUUCCUCAACUACGGAAAGUUGAAACACCACAGAAACUACAAAUACCACUAAACUUUUGAUGAGGUUUUAGUAGUUCCAUUAUUAUAUGUCAUACACUCUGUAAUUUUGUUUUGCUUAUUUCCUUAAAAUAGAGACUACUAAAUUAAA